AGUGAUGCAAAGUGUGGUAGGUGACCGCUCUCACCAGCAGCACUGAUCUUUUUUGACACGGACCUACAUGCCGAUCGGACAAGCGCUGGGACCAGCGCACUUGGUUGUAUGUUGGACUCACUGGAUUUGACUGGUGCCUUUAACUUGAGCCGUGGAGCGCGUGCAUAUAUUUAAUUCUUUCACAAUGUUCUUAAAAGAUGCGGCACCUGUUUGCGAAUGUUGCAGAAAACGAGUAGAGGACUGCUUGCCUUGCUGUUGAUAGUGUUGGAGUGGACCCGGCCAGGCCUACCAUCCCCGCUGAGGCCAAUCUGUGACCUGAGAGUCCUGAAUCAUUUCAUUAAGGAAGCGCGAGACGCAGAAGUCGCUAUGAAGUCGUGUAGAGAAGGAUGCAGCCUGUCAGAGUCUGUCACUGUUCCCCAAACCAGAGUUGAAUUUGAUGUCUGGGAGAAGAAAACUGCACUGGAGCAAGCCCAGGAGGUGCAGUCUGGUUUAUGGCUCUUACAACAGGCCCUCAACUUGCUACGGACCUCAGUCACCAACACAGCACUGCAAAGUCACAUAGACAACUCAAUCAGAAACCUGCUCAGCAUCAAUGGUGUGCUCCGUAGCCUCAACAUCCAGGAAUACACCCCACCAGCAAGUGCAGCGGGUCUUGAGGGAACAUGGAGGGUGUCCUCUGCAACGGAUUUGCUUCAAGUCCAUGUCAACUUCCUGCGGGGCAAAGUGCGCCUCCUUCUUUUGGAUGCGCAGGCUUGUCAGCAAGAUGUCAGCUGAUCAGCUGUUCUCCAUACUCCAGGCAAAGCUAAUUUGUGUUUCCGAAGGCAAGAGGAGGGACUUAACACUGCUGCCCUGCACGCUGGCUGCUGGAAGCGGUGUGGAAGGAGAGGAAGAUGCAGCCAUCCUCACAUGAGAGGAGGAAGCUGAAAGGAGAAGACAGUCCCAGCUAGGCUUUGGAUGGACAGGAGAUGAUUGCACCUUGGAAUGUAGAUGGGAAACAUGGACACGGUGAAGCACACUCUGACCAAAAUGAGGUCUAUGGGAAGCACUGCUCAGAUAGCUGUUCUACUGGCACUCUCUUGCACUUUGUGUGUGGAUGUACUUUUGUGU